GCGAGCUAUCUACUUCCCCGACCUUACGCGCGAAGAGAUGAGAAACGAGGAAAGGGAUUGUCAUGUCUACUGAGGACUUUUCUCGAGUCAAGUGUUUCGAUUUUGAUUCCGGCGUUGAUUUUUGGAAGAAAAUUUGGUGGAGAUUUGGUUGUUUUUUUUUUCUGAGUUUUAUUGAAUUGUUUUUCUGAUUGAAUCUCAAUCGAUUGGUGUUGCGGAGGAGGGUUUGCGUCGGAAAAGUGGCAGCUUUGAAGUGGGAGUUUAUGGCUUUCUGGUUUCUCUGUUUGGUUCUUGUGCUCCACCAUUCAUCUAGGGUUUAUGCUAAUGAUGAAGGUGAUGCAUUGUACACUUUUUAUCUAGCCUUAAUUGAUUCUAAAGGUGUGCUACAGAGUUGGGAUCGCACCUUGCCGAAUCCAUGUACCUGGUUCCAUGUCACAUGUGAUCCCGAUGAUCGUGUUAUUAGAGUUGAUCUUGGAAAUGCAGAGCUAUCUGGUAAACUAGUUCCUCAGCUUGGUCAGCUAAAAAAAUUACAGUACUUAGAACUUUACAACAAUAGCAUAAGUGGGACAAUUCCUAGUGAACUUGGAAAUCUUUCAAUCUUGGCGAGCUUGGAUCUGUACUGGAACAACUUCACUGGCGGAAUUCCUGACACCCUAGGAAAGCUCACAAAUUUGCGGUUCCUCCGACUUAACAAUAACAAUUUGACGGAUAAAAUUCCUCAGGAUUUAACAAAGAUCAACAAUCUCCAAGUUCUUGAUCUGUCAAACAACCACCUAUCUGGAGAAGUUCCAGUUACUGGGUCUUUCUCACGAUUCACUCCUGUCAGUUUUAAAGGCAACCCUCUUCUAUGCGGUCCUAACACGGAAAAGUCUUGUCCUAAUGCUCCUCCGCUUUCUCCACCGCCUGCAAUAGUCCAGCCUGCAUCACCCUCUUCUAAAGGUAACAGUGCCUCUAGCGUUGGGACUAUGGCUGCAGGAAUCGCUGCAGGUGCGGCUUUGCUCUUUGCUGCUCCAGCCAUUGGAUUUGCAUGGUGGUCUCGUCAUAGACAACGAGACUAUUUCUAUGAUAUACCUGCUGAAGAGGAGCUGGACGUUCAUUUGGGUCAGCUUAAGAAAUUCUCCCUGCUAGAGCUACAGGUUGCAACUGAUAGUUUUAACAAAAAAAACAUCUUGGGAAGAGGUGGUUUUGGAAAUGUAUAUAGGGGACGGCUUGCAGAUGGUACACUGGUGGCAGUAAAAAGACUCAAAGAAGAGCGCACCCCUGGAGGAGAGGUUCAAUUUCAGACUGAAGUUGAGAUUAUUAGCUUGGCUGUCCAUAGAAAUCUACUUCGGCUUUUGGGAUUUUGCUUAACACAAACAGAACGGUUGCUUGUGUAUCCUUUUAUGGCAAACGGCAGUGUUGCAUCAUUGUUGAGAGAGCGUUCAUCAUCUCAACCUUCACUUGAGUGGCCAACUCGAUGGCAGAUUGCACUUGGAUCUGCGAGGGGUCUAUCAUACUUACAUGACCAUUGUGAUCCGAAGAUCAUACAUCGAGAUGUCAAAGCUGCCAACAUUUUGUUAGAUGAGGAAUUUGUGGCAAUUGUGGGAGAUUUUGGUUUGGCCAAGCUUAUGAACUACCGGGAUACCCAUGUAACAACUGCUGUUCGAGGGACUAUUGGACACAUUGCUCCAGAGUAUAUAUCGACCGGAAAGUCUUCAGAGAAGACUGAUGUUUUUGGAUAUGGAAUAAUGCUUUUGGAGCUCAUCACAGGGCAGAGGGCAUUUGAUCUUGCUCGGCUUGCAAAUGAUGAUGAUGAUGUCAUGUUGCUUGAAUGGGUGAAAAGUCUUUUGAAAGAUAAAAGGCUGGACAAGUUGAUUGAUCCUGAUAUGCAAAACAACUAUGUGGAAACAGAGGUAGAGUCCCUCAUCAGAGUUGCUCUGCUAUGCACUCAAGGUUCUCCGGCAGACAGACCAAGGAUGGCGGAGGUGGUAAGGAUGCUGGAAGGCGAGGGCCUUGCAGAGAGAUGGGAGGAAUGGCAGGAUUUAGAGCCGGUGACGCAACAAGAUCUACGCUUACAGAUACCUUCAUCUCAUGGCAACUCUUUUUCCAAUUUCAAUUAUAGUGCUGUUGAGUUAUCUGGUCCAAGAUGACCUGAUCUAUAAUGUGAAAGUGUUUGUUAAGAAGAAUAAGUUGGACGAGUUGGAUGAUUCUGAUUUACAGAAGAAGUAUGUGAAGGCAGAGGUGUAGUCCCUCACAAAUAUUGCUUUAUUAUGUACUCAAGAAUCCCCUGACCACCGGCCAAAGAUGUCAAGAGGCUGUGAGAAUGCUUGAAGGCAAAGACCUUGCAAAGAGAUGGAAGAAAUUUCAUAGUUUGGAGAUGCUGAGUUAAGUCCAAGACUGACAGAAUUGAUCUUUUGUAUUGAUAAUGUGGUUUUUCUUCUUUCAUUUGUUGUAGUAUUUGGUUCAAAGGACAAUGUUUAGAUAGA